GACCCUCUGCGUAAGCGUCGUCCCAUUGGCUACGACCAGCACGUCUCUCGGCGCGUCCCACCUUCUCCCUCUCUUCUGCCGAUCUCUCCCGUGUAUGGCUACACUGCUCUGCAGCGGCUUGCACGUCGACAUCGCUCUCCCGACCUGCUACAUGACCUCGAAGCUCAUCGCUCCGUCCAUGCCGGCCACACCCGCGCCGCACAAGCUCCGCAUCCUUCUCGUCGACGACAACUCCCUCAACCUCAAGCUCCUCUCGCGCUUGCUGACGCGCAAGUUCGCGCACCGCCUGGAUGGCGUGCCGAUUUGCGUCGAUGAUGGGUUGAAGGCAAUCCAGGCCUUGAGCCAGGAUGUGUUCGACGUCAUCUUCCUCGACAUCCAGAUGCCGUUCGUGAGCGGCAUCGACGUCGCGCAGCGCAUCCGUGCUGGCGAGGACGGCAUCCUGCCUGCCAACCAGAGCGUCAAGAUCUACGCCACCACGACGGCGGUCGGUCCGGCGCCGGAGCUGCUCUACCGCUCCGUCGGCAUGGACGGUCUGCUGCCGAAGCCGGUGCAGCUCAAGCACCUUGGCGAGCUGCUCGCACCGCUCGACUCGGGCGUCGACUUCGCACACGUCCGCCGCGGCGAUGGCUCAUUCGUUCGGCCACCGAUCGCGUCGCCCAUCGAUGCGCUCUUCUACAUGACGCCGAGCAUGGACGCCACCAUCGGCCAGCCUCCGUCCAUCGUCCACUCGGGCCACUUCGCCGACGACCUGCGCGAGCAGACACGUGCAUCGCUCCGCCGCAGUGGAGUGGGUGCUGCGCGCUGUGCAUCCAUCUCGGGCGGCGAGUGCAUGAGUCGUCGUGGCGCCGCCGCCGAGCCUCUCGCCCGCAACCUCGAGCAGACCGACGUGACGCUGCCCGGCGACGGUUCGCACCGUCGCGGCAACAGCGUCACCAUCAGCUCGCGCAUCCUCACGGCGCAGAUCGCUCGCGAGGUCGCGCGCCUCGAGGAGAGCGACCGUGACAUGCAGCUGCUGUCGCCGACGACAUCCACCCGCUCGUCGCUGGCAAGCGUGUGCGACGCCGACGAGGUGACGAGCAACUCGUCCGUCACCGACCGUGCGGUGGAUGCACCGUCGCCAGCGGCCAGUGCACUGCCCAUCGCGCUGCCUGCACGGCUCGACCGUGCCUUCACCCGCGAAAUCUCGCCGGCACUGACCUACCGGCCGAUCUCACCGGUGUCGCCACGGUCGCCGCCUUCCUGGUUGCCGUCGGCACUAGCCGGCGAUGCCAAGCUGUCGCUCGCACCGGCCCGUCCGAUCCUCUCGCGCAGCGACUCGUCAUCUCGUGUGCUGUCCUUCUUCCACGGUCUCAUGGAAGCCGAGGCGGCCGGCGAGAGUCCGACGUCGUCCAACGACUCGUCGUCAGCAUCGUCCCGUCCGUCGCUCGCACUCAGCUCGGCGCUGCUGUCGAGUCCAUCCUUCGGCAAGAGCUUUGGCUUCGGCCACGACCGCUGGCCGAGCCGCCGUACGAGUCACACGGCAUCAAAUAGCAGCGCUCCGUCGUCACCUCUCCUCACACCCGUCGAAGAAGGCCCGACGGUGCCUCGCACGGCACACUCGGCCAAGCCCUCUCCUGAGUUCCUGAGUCCGCGCGACGACACGUGCGCGCGCCUCGCCCGUUCUACGCUGGCGUAGCUCGUGUGCACCACCAUCCGUCCCGGACGUCCCGUUCCCGCCUCGUUUCC